AUGCUUAUCUUAGCUAUUGGAACAAAGACCAUUGUAACGAACAGAAUCAAGGCACUGUUAAUGGAGCAGCAACGUCAUAGAAGAGAUAAGCGACGUAAGGCUUCCACGUACCCUGUUCUCGUCGAAACAUGUUCCUCCUCCUAG